ACGCGCCCUGUAUCAGCUCGGCUAGAGACAUCUCUAACCUGGUUGAGCGAAGCGUUCUCAGCGCGCCUAUCGACUGAUCCACCGGCUUCAUCAUAUCUCCACACCGCACCCACCUCUUCUCUUCCCCCCCCCUUCCCUUGCGAAACAACAAAUUCCUGGUCUCCGUCUUGGCCAUUGUUCUGUGUACAAUCGGGUUCUGCGGGUUUUGAGAAGUGCUUGCGGGCUUUCUUCGUGACAUUCUUUUGCGUCCUCGUAUUUCUUUGUUUAUCUCCAUCUUAAUUCUGACGCUCGCUCGACCCGGUGCUUGUGCAAACCCGCACGAGCAAGCCCCUAUUUUCCGAAGCUUAAUACUCCAGCACACGCUCCAUACGAGCACGCGUACGACUUUGCACGACGGCAUAAUCUUCCAGGGUCGUUGAUUCGAAUUGCUAUCUUAUCGACUCUUUGUCCAAGGAAUCAUGCGGACCUGGACUGCAAUCGCCGCCGCCGCGGCGUUUUUUUCCCGCGCCGCUCUGGCCGACGUUGAUCCUAUCGUCAUCAAAGGAUCCAAGUUCUUCUACAAGACCAACGGCACCCAGUUCUUCAUCCAAGGCGUUGCUUACCAGCAGGACUACAGCACUAACUCUUCGACGACGUCGUCCUCUACCAACGCGUACACCGAUCCUCUCGCUGACGCUGAACGCUGCAAGGUCGACGUGCCUUUGCUGAAGCAGCUCAAUACAAACACAAUCCGCGUGUAUGCUGUCGAUCCCACCAAGGACCACACGACAUGCAUGCAGCUCCUCCAAGACGCCGGCAUCUACGUGAUCGCCGAUCUUUCGCAGCCAGGUCUGUCCAUCAACCGUGACAGCCCCUCGUGGAACGACGAGCUCUACGCCCGCUACACCAGCGUCAUUGAUAUGUUUGCUCCAUACAACAACGUGAUUGGAUUCUUCGCCGGAAACGAAGUGUCGAACAACAACACAAACACAGAUGCCUCCGCAUUCGUAAAGGCUGCCGUGCGUGACUGCAAGGCGUACAUCAAGGCCAAGGGCUAUCGUCAAAUGUACGUUGGUUAUGCUACCAACGACGACGCUUCCAUCCGUGUGAACAUGGCAGACUACUUCAACUGCGGCAACCAGGACGACGCCAUUGACUUCUGGGGCUACAACAUCUAUUCGUGGUGCGGCAACUCGUCCUUCACGGAAUCCGGCUACGACCAGCGCGUCAAGGAGUUCUCCACUUACUCCGUCCCGUCCUUCUUCGCCGAGUACGGUUGCAACACUGUCCAGCCACGAGUCUUCACUGAGGUCCAGGCUCUGUUCGGUGACCAGAUGACGCCCGUGUUCUCCGGCGGCAUUGUUUACAUGUAUUUCCAGGAGGCGAACGACUAUGGUCUGGUCCAGGUCGAGUCCGGCAGCGCUGAGCCCAGCCUGCUCCCGGACUUCACCGCGUACUCCAGCCAGAUGGCCCAGAUUUCACCCACCGGUGUCAACAUGGCCUCCUACACGCCAACCAAUUCGCCAGCUGCCUGCCCGGCAGUCUCCUCUGGAGUCUGGGAAGCCGCCGCAUCUCCUCUGCCACCUGUCGUCAACCCCGAACUUUGCAGCUGCAUGUACAACUCGCUGUCUUGCGCCGUUUCCAGCUCAACCAGUGAGGAUGAGUAUGGCCAGCUCUUCGGUACAGUGUGCGGGUAUGGCAACAGCUGUGCCGGCAUUGCCGCCGACGCUACCAACGGCACCUACGGCGCCUACUCCGUGUGUAACGCCACCGAGCAGCUGUCGUUUGCUUUCAACCAGUACUACAAGUCCCAGGGCAAUGCCGCUAGCGCUUGCGACUUCAACGGCGCCGCCAAGAUCAAGAGCGCCGUCUCCGCUUCUGGAACGUGCAACUCUCUGAUUCAGGCAGCCGGCACUGCUGGCACCAACACCGUCACUGCUUCCCCUGGCGCUUCCUCGACCAAGUCGGCAGGUGCUGCCAGCGGCCUCACGGUUCCACGCGUCGAGACUGCUUACUUCGGCGUCGCUGUCUCCGUGUUCGUGGCGAGCUUCUUUGGCGCUGGAAUGAUCCUGCUAUAAAAUCCAUGCUGGGAUAAAUUUGAAACGUUGCGUUCAAACCGAGAGAAAAAAAACGAUGACAUUGUAAUAUAUCCCCCUGCAAGCAUAUCGUAUAUUCCCCCGUCGUUUCAUGUGCCGUCAAAAAUAUCCCUUCCUCCAACGUAUUAUUUUCUUCUUCAUUGCAAGUCGGUCGGUGCAGCAAGGGGUGUUUUUGCUCAUCAUCAUGCCAUUGCUCCUCCCCUACGUCGUCUGACGCUUGUCGAGGAUUGCAGCGUAUAUACUUCAUGAACCAGCGCUCUGAGCUCGCCGCGAGGUGACCUGAAAAGGCGGAUAUCGCGGCCCCAGCGCUCUUGACUGGUGUAGCUUUAGCGAAUUGAGAAAGCAAUUGUACACUUAACAAAGCAAAUCGUGUUCCAC